UGGAACCACUUUAAGUACAUUUAGUGCAGUUUAAGUGUACCCAUACCCUGUAAUACUCACAGGUUGUUUUAUUGCUUCAAAUAUCAAUAUCAGUGACUUUGUGAUUGAACUCUGCUCACCGUAAGUGGUGUUGUUGGGCUUCUUAUGUUCAUUGUAACUCAUAGAGUGCUGUAUAGUGACGACAGACAAGAGGAUAAAAAUGGACACUCACGUCAAGCUUGAUGAGGAUAUAGUCAAAAGGUUAUGAAGGUCUGAUAAUGGCCAUAAAGGAACUGACAGUAAUUUUGGUGUUUUCUUGGAUUGUCUGUACUACUGGACAUGAAUUCUUCUCAUCAACAGAUAAAGUUGCACAGCUUUUUGAGGAGGAGAAAGACCUUCUGGAAAGCUUCAGUCUCUACAUCGAUGCUGAAGAAAAGAACGUAGAGAGAAUGAAGAGUAUUCUUCUGGUUCUUCAACUAUUCACAUACUUUGACCCUGAGUACCCUGAGAAAACCAUGAGAGACCCUGUGGCAGCUUACAAACUCCUUAUACGAGUGAGAAGGGAAUGGUUGACUAUUGUCGAAAACACUCAACAAAGUCAUUAUGAGAAGUAUCAGAAACUGCUGGCAUUCGCAGAUAUCCCAGAGCUGGAGGACGUGGAUGGUGCAGCUUCAGAACUGAUCAGACUGCAAGAGUUCUACAAACUCUACCCACACAACAUCACAAAGGAAACACCUCUAAAUGCAGAUGAAGCCUACAAUGUAGGGUUGGUCGCUUAUGAUGAGGACAAAUUCCAGCAUGCUUUUCUCUGGUUUCUGUACAGUCUGGACAGAUUAACAGAAUCCUCAACUACUACUGAGGAAGAGUUGCUCCAUUACCUUAGUUCCUCAGCCUAUCAUUUUGGCAGCCUACCUGUGGCAAUCUACUUUGGCCAACAGCUUCUAAAUCUGGAUCCAACUAAUGACGAAGUCAAAGUUGAGCUGAGCCUUUACAAACACCUUCGCUUACAGAGAACUUCAAAUCCUGACAUAUUCAUGCUGAACACAAAAUCAAAAAACCUCUAUGAGGCACUGUGCAGAGGAGAAGUUGACGAGAGGACCUCCAAGAGGCAGAGGGCGCUGUCCUGUAGGUACAGCACAGGUGGAGGAAACCCCAGACUGAUGUACGCACCAGUGAAAGAGGAAGUGGAGUGGGACGAACCUCGAAUCAUCAGAUAUCAUGACAUUAUAUCAGACAGAGAGAUAGAGAUCCUGAAGAAUAUCUCCAAACCUCAACUUUCUAGGUCUAGGAUUAGACAUCUGAGAGUCUCAAACCUCCGUACGUCUCAAAGUGUUUUUCUGGAGGAAGACAACACUGUGCUUUCUCGUAUCAGUCAGAAUAUUGCAGACAUCACAGGACUCUCCAUGGAAUCAGCUGAAAGUCUACAUGUUCAGAAUUAUGGGAUUGGUGGCAGAUUUGAACCACAUUAUGAUGCAUGGGAUGAUGAGAAUGGAAGGAUUGCUACGUUCUUAAUUUAUAUGAGUGAUGUGGAGAUAGGGGGCGCCACUGUGUUUCCUGAAGUUGGAGUUGCGUUGAAGCCAAAAAAGGGUUCAGCAGUGUUUUGGUACAAUCUCCAAAAGAAUGGCAGAGUGGAUUUAGAUACACAGCAUGCUGGAUGCCCUGUGUUAGUGGGUAACAAAUGGGUGGCUAAUAAAUGGAUCCAUGAGUUUGGACAGGAGUUCAGGAGACCCUGUUCUUUGUCAGACUGGGAGUGAAAGACAUUGUGACCAUGUAGAAAUCAUAUUAAGUUAAUCUGUACUAUAGAAUUAUCUGUUAUAUUAUGUAUCAUUAGUUUUUAUAAUGUACAGUAGAUCUGUAAUAUAGCUAUAUAUUGUAUUAAAGGAUUAGUUCACUUUAAAAUGAAAAUUAACUCAGAUUGUAUUCAUCUGAAAGAAAAAAGUCAUAUACACCUAGGAUGGCUUGAGGGUGAGUCAUGUGAUAAUUUUCAUUUUAAAGUGAACUAAUCCUUUAACUUUUACUGUGAUUUACUACUGUCUAGGUGGCAGUAAUGUUAAAAAUAACUGUAAUAUACCUAUGUAAUAAUAUGUAAUAAAACUAAAAAAGUGCAAUAGAGUAAAAUUAAGUUUCAGCAAGAUAUCAAUGGAUAAUCACAUUACCUGAGUUGAUCAAUCCUAGCAACCAACAAGUGUGUUAUUCCUGUAGAUGAGACGCAGUUUUCUGCAGUUGUAUUUAAAGCUUAAUUUUACAUGUUUCCUCUUUUUUUUUUUUUUUUAAUUAUUCUAAUGAAUGAAACCACAACAUUAUUUAAUGUAGCAUUGUAAAAUAAAUUAAUACAAACAUCUUUAUAUAACAAUGUGUUUUCAGUUUCUUAAGACUCAAUAAAUAUGUUUGGACAUACAUUA